GAAGUCCACACUGCCUCCUCACAGUUACAGAGACACCAGGGAGGCCUGUAGAAACAGUACCAUCGCCAUUAAAUUAAUGCUAAGUAUUUAUCUCUCCACAUAUAUGGCUAACAGGACGUGCAUGGUGUAGCAGCUAAGGCCCAUCACGAGACUAACAAGAGGAGGCUUACUGUUAACUCCUGUCUACAUUCACUGAGGUUUCCUGGAGUGUGGAUCUGAUUCCCUUGUGUGAAUUGUCUAGGUGGAAAGCCAAAGCCCUGGACCUUACUCACACUUGAGAAAAGCCUUGGAAUUUACUACAAACCGUGGACCAUACUAAGACAAAAACAUUGGACCUACUAAGAUAAGAGCCUUGGAUUUUUACCAACAGAAGAGCCUUGGAUCUAGAAGAAGAGCCUUGGAUCUACAAGAAGAGCCUUGGACUUUACCAACAGAAGAGCCUUGGAUCUAGAAGAAGAGCCUUGGAUCGAGAAGAAGAGCCUUGAAUCUAGAAGAAGAGCCUUGGAUCGAGAAGAAGAGCCUUGGAUCUAAAAGAAGAGCCUUGGAUCUAGAAGAAGAGCCUUGGACUCAAGGCUUACUAAGACAAAACUUUGGAAAGCUUUGGACAGAAGAAGACGAUGAGUUUUGACAGUGUUCCCUCCAGGUCGGAGGUGAUGGGGUGGAACGCACGUAGUCUAGCCGACUAUAUGAAGAGGCUGAGGCUGUCCAGCUGUGACAAAGUGGUGAUGAAGACCAGCAUGAACGGAGCACGCUUUCUGAAGAUGAAAGAUGGCGACCUUCAAAAGUUUCCCACCAUUCAUAUUCCAGUCAUCACUAGGAUCUGUAGUGAGAUCAACAGGAGAGAAGAGGAGAGGGGGUUCAGUCAGAGAUCAAGGGAACCUAAGAGCCAUCAACAAGAUUUUGUACAAGAGGAAGAUGAAGCCUGGGAUUCAGAAUCGUUUGAUAUGAGUGAUAACGACUAUGAGAACCCUGAUGAGGACGACAGUUAUAUCUGUGCCUUGUCUGACCGCCUGCCACCUGCAGAGGGAGAAGGGGAAGAGGAGAGUGAUGGUGACUAUGAGCCUCCUCCCUCAGCUACAGAGGAAAUCCCCCGCCUCCUCAAUCUCCCCAAGCCCCUAGGGAACAGUGACUAUAUAGAUUCUGUGCGUGGAGGUCCGUCAGUAACUCUUCCUACUGGAAGGACUCCGAGAACACCCCAACGCCCUGGUCCUCAGGCCCUGGCCACCAGCCAUAACACACUGGCCAGACCUCCCAUAUCCAGACUAGACCCCUCCCCUCAGAGGCCAUUCGAAGCUGCAGACAAACGCCCUUCUGUCCCCCUGGUCGACCGAAGCAAGAAGCCUGGACAGCCCGCUCCCACCAAGAAACAACAUCAUCACACAAACACCAAAACAACUCCUACAAGAGAGGGCAGCCCAUUCAGCUCUCCCCAGCCUGCCAUAGUGAAGCCACCUCAACUAAAGGGCCCAAAGCCACCAGACUAUAGAUCCAGCUGCAGUAAACCUCCUGGUCCUUCUUACCCACCUCCUUCAAUGGUCCCCAACACAAUGCCAGGCACAGGGAAGGGCAUUGAUCCUGAGUGGUAUGGAGGACUGGUGACCAGAGGCCAGGCUGAAGCAUCUCUCAGAUGGGUUAACAAGGAUGGAGCGUUUCUGGUGAGGGACAGUUCUAAGGGGUCUUCUGGGCAGCCCUACACGCUCAUGGUGCUGAACCAAGGCAAGGUCUACAACAUCCAGAUACGUCACCAAGGCAACACAUACCACCUGGGCACCGGCCUCAUGGGUAGCGAGAGUUUCCCAGGAGUGGAGGAGAUGAUAGAACACCACACACACACCCCUCUGCUGCUCAUAGACAUGGAGAAUGGAACUGGAGCACAGAGCCAGUGCUGCCUGCUGCACCCUGCACCACUCUGACCAGAACCAGCAGCACAGGAAACACUGUAGUUUCCCAGGAGUAAAGAAGAUGAUAGAACACCACACACACACCCCUCUGCUGCUCAUAGACAUGGAGAGAGGACCUGGAGCACAGAGCCAGUGCUGCCUCCUGCACCACUCUGACCAUAACCAGCAGCACAGGAGACACUGUGUGUGUCCUCAAUGACUUACCUGGUUAAAUAAAGGGAAGAAAGCAAGCGUAUAAAGUAGCUGGUAGAGAGAAUAGAAGAGAGGAAAAUAGAUUUUAAUUAGGAAGCCCAUUCACAAUGGAGGGUUUAUUUUAUGAAGUUGCGUGUCGUAAGUUAAAUGUAGUGAAGUUGUAUGUAUUAUACUGGUGUUCUCCUGUCAAGUGUUUGAUUACAAGUGUGAAUAUGUGGACUAUUGUCGGUCCCUAUCAGGUUCUAUAACCCAUUGGCUCUAUGCUUUCCAUACAUUUCCACCUUUCAUCUCUAUCCUCUCCUUCUUCACCUUCAUUUCCUCUCCUUUUCCUCCUCCCACACUCCUCACCCUGAGGUCAUGUUUGGCCAGGUCACCCCGUUCCACUCUGUUCAGAAAGGCCAUCUUGUCUGGGUGGCUGAAGUCACACGAUCAGGACACACUGUCUCAGCUGUGACCACACUGUGAACAGAAGAAAAAAGAAACAAAAUAAACACAUUGUAAAAAAAAACUCAAGUCAGAGAAGUGCACUAUAUAUGAAAUAGUAGGGCACCAUUUGGGGCGCACAAGCUGUCUCUGAGGCUGUUGUGUGUCAAGACAUUAUGGGUUCCUUGUGAUAUUACGUUGUAAAUCUGUGUCUCUCUACUCUCUGCUGGGAGAUACCCAGACACCCCACCUGAUUUAAACUUAUCCAG